AUGUUCCCAGAGCUCUCGUCGCUGCUAAAACGUUUUCAUAUCGCUUUCGCCUUCAGGUGUCCUCUUCAGACCAGCGCCCUCAGCUCAGCUUUGCCCAGACUCCUGCACCUGUCCAUGGGGAGUAUUCUGACCUUGCAGCUGCUCCCAGUCCCGGUGCGCGGCAGGCCCAGUUUAGAUGUGCCGCAGUGGGGAGCCGGAGUGCUAAUGCAGUCUGGAGGGCUGGGCGUUUCACACUCUGCACGGUUCAACACCUGUUUGAUCCGUGUGCACGCGCCCCAGAUCCCACAUAAUCUGGGAGCGCUGAAGGCUAACCGCUCGCGUCAGUCACUUUUCAGCAGGAUAUUUAUAGACGCUUAUAUGGGGCUAUAG